UUCAAUGCUACAACCAUUUGGAAUAUGGGACUUUUAAUCUAUGAUUUGGACCACGGGGACGGGCGGCUGUGUGUUUGUGCUCGGCUCUGGGUCAUUUUGAUAACUCUCGCCGGUAAAAUCUCCCCGACCGGCUCCGAUGCGCUCCUCAGCUCCUCGCCGGUGACCGUCAGUCCCUCGCCACCCAACGUCUACCUCCCCGCCAACUUCAAAAUGUCCAACGCACAGCUGGCUUUCUUCUUGCGGGAGGCUCAGGCCACGGGGCAGACGGGCGGCGGCGGAAGGGGCGGUGCCGGCACCGGCGGCCCGAGCGCGGGACACCCGCUGCAGCGCUCUGAGAGCUUCGUGGUUUUCCAGACAAAAGACCUCCCCGCCAUCAACGUAAGCUUCGGGCCUUUCUCCCGGGACCAGGCCCUGUCCAAGGAGUUGCUCCAGCCAGCCAGCCCGCUGGACAUCCCCGGCCAGCUGACGGUCAACUGGAAGGUGAGGGCCUUCAUCGUCCAGGCGCGGGUCUUCUCCAACAACCCCGCGGUGCAGGUGUUCUUCUACAUCGCCGGCCGCGAUUGGGACGACUUCAAAGCCCGGGACCAGCUGCCCUGCGUCCGGCUGCACGCCUUCCGGGACGUCCGCGAGAUCAAAACCUCCUGCCGCAUGAAAGGCAACCUGGCGCAGUGCUUGGCCCAGCUGGAGCUGCCGCCGUCCUGGUUCAACACCAACGUGGCCCCGCUGGGUCGGAGGAAAGGCUCCGGCGACGGGCUCUUGGACGGGCUCACCAGCGAGACCCUGCAGGCGGAGCUCUACUACACGCUCCACGGGACCAGUCUGGACGGGGAGUGCAGCGAGGGCUCAGGUCACCGGGGCGGCGGCGGCGGCUCCAGGGGAGAGCCUCUGUCACAGCACCCCCUGCUGCGCAUCGGGAGCAUCAGCCUGUACCAGGCCAGCCAGGAGCAGCUGCUGGUGGACAAGCAGUUGGAUAAGAACAUGUUCCUCAGGCUGCCAGAGAAGCCCCUGAAGCCCGGAGAAACCCUCCGGAUCUUCCUCUACCUGAUGCCCAACUCCACCGUGGAGCAGUUCUCCCUCAAGGUCAAAGCGAAGAAAGGGGUGAACCUGCUCGAGACCCAGUCGAAGAACGCCCAGUGGAAGGUGGACUGGGAGAUUCAGUCCGGCGCCAAGCACUCCAUCACCACCAUCGACGUGAACAAGAACAGAGCAGUCAAACAGGGGGAUGUUUUGGGCAACGUGGAGGUCAUGCAGUUGGACUUCGAGAUGGAGAACUUCACCAGCCUCUCGGUGACCAGACGAAUCAACUGGAACAUCGACUACAAGGGGCAGAACCCGCCCCCCGACUCGGAGAAGGUAGUGACGGAGCUGACGGUGGUGCAGCGAGACAUUCAGGCCAUCCUUCCUCUGGCCAUGGACACUGAGAUUAUCAACACGGCCAUCCUGACUGGACGCACCGUCGCCAUUCCCGUCAAAAUGGUCUCCAUCGAGAUGAACGGAGCGGUCACCGACGUCUCGGCCUUCGUGCAGUGCAAGUCCUCCAAUGAAGACAUUGUUAAGGUGUCCAUGAAUUGCGACUACGUGUUCGUCAACGGGAAGGAGACACGGGGAUCCAUGAGCGCGAGGGUGAUCUUCAGCUACGAGCACCUGAGCGCGCCGCUGGAGCUGACCGUCUGGGUGCCCAAACUUCCCCUGCAGGUGGAACUCUCCGACAACAAUCUGAGUUUCAUCAAAGGCUGGAGGGUUCCCAUUCUGCCCGACCGAAGGAGCACCAGAGACAGCGACGCGGACGACGACGAAGACGAGCGCCGGGUGAGCCGAGGCUGCACCCUGCAGUACCAGCGGGCCCUGGUCAAGGUGCUGACCCAGUUCCACACCACCUCCACAGAGGGCACCGACCAGGUCAUCACCAUGCUGGGGCCCGACUGGCAGGUGGACGUCACGGACCUGGUCCAGGACUCGCUGAAGGUGGCCGACCCCAGGAUAGGCGAGCUGGUGGACAGGACGGUGCUGGUGGGUCUGGAGCUGGGAGCCACUGUGCUCAAGGUGGAGUCUCCGCUGGCGGUGGACGCGGUGUUGGGAGAGUCCGCGUUCUCGGUCACGGACGACAAGGUCUCCAUCACGGAGAUGCGCGUCCACGGCGUCUCCGGCCUGACCCUGUCCCUGCAGCCCAGCCCCGGCAACAGCCACACCAUGGUCGCCAAGGCGACCGGCGUCCAGACGCUCGCGGCUCCCAAGCAGGAGGCCAGCUUGUCGGUCUGGAUGCUCUUCAGCGACAACACGGCUGCCAGCCUGACGUACUUCGACCCCAAAGACUACAACCUCAACGCCUCCACGCUGGACGACCGGGUGGUGUCGGUAUCCCAGGAGCCUCAGCAGCGCUGGCCCGUGCUGGUGGCCGAAGGCGAGGGCAGCGGCGAGCUGGUGCGUCUGGAGAUGACCAUCGGCGAGGCCUGCCAGAAGACCAAGCGUAAGAGCGUCAUCGCGGCCGCCGCCGUGUACGUCAAGGUCCGCUUCGGCCCGGAGGAAGACUCCGAGGAGGAGGAGGAGGCGGCCGCCGGCGGCGCCGAGGGCGAGACGGAGACGGCGCCGAUCACCAGGCGGCCGAUCGGCGAUCCCAACGUCGGCGGGAGAAUUUACGAGACGUCCAACGAGCAGCCCGCCAGCGUUCCCAUCGACUACACCAACUUCCCCACCAGCAGCAACCGGGAGAGACCGACCGAGAGCGACGAAGAAGAGGAGGAGGACGAGGAGGAAGACGACUUUGUGCAUUCGCCUCGCAACAUGACCGACCUUGAGAUCGGCAUGUACGCCCUCCUGGGAGUCUUCUGUCUGGCCAUCUUGGUGUUUCUCAUCAACUGCAUCGUCUUCGUGCUCAAGUACCGGCACAAGCGCAUCCCGCCGGAGGGCCAAGCCAACAUGGACCACUCGCACCACUGGGUGUUCCUGGGCAACGGCCAGCCGCUGAGGGCCCAGUGCGACCUGUCGCCGCAGCAGGUGGAGAGCCCCGCCCCUCUGGAGGGCGUGCAAACGUGCUGCCACGGCGACCACCACAGCAGCGGCAGCUCCCAGACCAGCGUUCAGAGCCAGGUGCACGGGCGGGGCGACGGCAGCUCCGGCGGGUCCACGAAGGAGAACGGCGAGGAGGCCAGUUCGCCCACCUCCAAGCGCAAGAGAGUCAAGUUCACCACCUUCACCACGCUCCCCACGGAGGAGCUGCCCUACAACUCCAUCCCCAUCGCAGACGAAGAGGACAUUCAGUGGGUCUGCCAGGAUAUGGGCUUCCAAGACCCCGAGGAACUGCACGACUACAUGCGCAGAAUAAAAGAAAUCGCCUAGAGACAAAGGAGGUGCGGCGUGAAGCGCAGCUCUCGGCUCUCGGCUCUUUUUUUUCCUCCAAGAAACGUUUCCUUUCUACUUUCUCUCUCUUUUUUUUUUUUCACCUGCGUCAAAGAUAUUGUUUUCACAGACAAAAAAAAUUGUUUGUUUUUGGUUUAAGGUGUGUUCCAUUUAGUUUGCACAGUGCUUGCGACCUCACUGGAGAAAUCGGUGAAUCUCGGGCAGAAAGGAAACGAAAGUGGGGAAUCUUGAGCCCGCAGGUGAGAGCUGCUCCAGCUCGCUUUAUUUUCUUCAGGAUUGUAUGUUUUUGUUGUUGUUUUUUUUUUAAAGAAAAAGCCUGAUAUACGGACAGGAACGUACGAGACGUUUGCUAUCGGCUGUGUUUUCCUGCUGGCUCGGUUGGGACUCUGUGGUACUGUUCCUAAACAAAGAUGCCUUUGAUGAACACACA